UGUUCAGUGGAUCCUCAGAGUGGGUGAAUGUAAAUGCGGCGGGCAGCAGCGCUGCUGGUCAACUCUACUCCACGGACUGUAGCCAGCAAAAGCAGAGGAGGACGGACGUUCGGCACGUAUCUCAGGGGUGUGAUUGAGGAGGGCUCAGGAUGGUCACUAUUCCGGAGUACUACACAGGAAAGAAUGUGCUUAUCACAGGGGCGACGGGCUUCAUGGGGAAAGUUCUGCUGGAGAAGCUGCUGCGCUCUUGCCCGGGGGUCAAAGCUGCGUAUGUCCUGGUCCGUCCAAAAGCAAGCCAGUCCCCCAGCGCCCGCAUCGCAGACAUGGUCAACUGCAGGCUCUUCGACAGAUUGAGAGAAGACCAGCCGGACUUUGCGGAGAAGAUUGUGGCAGUGGACAGUGACCUGACCCAGCCGGACCUGGACCUCAGCAAGAAAGAUGAGGACACUCUAACGGACUGCAUCAACAUAGUCUUCCACUGUGCUGCCACCGUCCGCUUCAACGAGCCCCUUAAGGACGCCAUGCAGCUGAACGUGCUGGCCACGCAGAAGAUGGUGAGUCUGGCCCACAGGAUGAAGCAUUUGGAGGUGUUCAUCCACGUCUCCACGGCUUACGCCCACUGCGACCGUGAGCUGAUCGAGGAGGUGGUUUACCCACCGCCUGUAGACUACAGGAAGCUCAUAGACACACUAGAGUGGAUGGACGAUAAGCUGGUUAGUUUGAUGACCCCUAAAUUGAUCGGGGAGCGACCCAACACAUACACAUAUACCAAAGCCCUGGCGGAGUACCUGGUGCAGCAGGAGUGUGGCAACCUCAACAUGGCCAUCAUCCGACCUUCAAUAGUGGGCGCCAGCUGGAAGGAACCCUUCCCUGGCUGGAUAGACAACUUCAAUGGACCUAGUGGAAUAUUUAUUGCUGCAGGGAAGGGCAUCUUGCGUACCAUGAGGGCAUCCAACAGUGCUAUCGCUGACCUUGUGCCAGUAGAUGUGGUCAUAAACACAACUCUGGCUGCCGCUUGGUACUCUGGCUCCCAGAGACACACUAGGCCAAAAAGCAUGUUGGUGUACAACUGCACGACGGGCGCAAUCAAUCCUUUUCACUGGGGUGAAGUCGAGUACCAUGUUAUAUCCACUUUCAAGAGGAACCCCCUCGAGCAGGCUUUCAGACGGCCCAAUGUAAAUCUCACAUCCAAUCACCUAAUCAAUCAGUACUGGAUUGCUGUGAGCCACAAGGCGCCAGCAUUCCUCUAUGAUCUGUGCCUCAGGAUAACGGGACGGGAGCCCAGGAUGAUGAAGACGAUCACGCGGCUCCACAAGGCCAUGAUGGUGCUGGAGUACUUCACCAGCCACUCGUGGGUUUGGAACACGGACAACGUCACCAUGCUUCUAAACCAGCUGGGACCCGAGGACAGGAAGGUGUUCAACUUCGACGUCAGACAGUUGCACUGGGCUGAAUAUAUGGAGAACUACUGCAUGGGCACGAAGAAGUAUGUGCUGAACGAGGAGUUAUCAGGCCUUCCAGCGGCACGUAAACAUCUCAACAAGUUGCGGAACAUCCGCUACACGUUCAACACGGUCCUGGUGAUCCUGAUCUGGCGCAUCUUCAUCGCCCGCUCUCAGAUGGCCCGCAACAUCUGGUACUUCGUGGUCAGCCUGUGCUUCAAGUUCCUCUCCUACUUCAGGGCCUCCAGCACCUUGAGAUACUGAAUCUCUCCCUUUAUUCCUUAUCUCCUUCCCUCAUUCCCCCUCUCUCCUUCUCUCUUUCCUACAAUAGCUAUGCAUAUGCUACAGCUCUGCAAAGCUCUGGACUCCAGAGCGCCCCCGCCAGGCCUCCAGGUGAAGUGCAAGCCGUCUCUUGGCUCCGCCUUUGCUUUGGCUGGGGGGGCCGCUGCACCCGACUGCUUUGUAGAAAGCAUGAAGCAUCAGGGCUUGAGGCGUGUGAGGCUCUUUGGGCUGGAACAUUCUCCCCAAGCCUGUCCGAGCACUUACCUGUACCCACGGCACCUCCUGACCGCGGGGGGGGCGGCCGGUUGUUCUCCAUGGUCACGGUUUACAGUCGUUCCCAUCCUUACUCCGUCAAGCACAAGGUGGGAGAUUAGGGAUGUGAUGGCUUGUUCACUGCUUUGUGCCUAAAAAAAUUGAAUAACUACACCUGGAUCAUGAAAGAUGUAGUCGUGCUCUUCAUUAGAUGACCUUUCCCAGUACAACAGCCAUCCUUCUUCUCUUUUACUUUCCUUCAUUUUCUUUUUCUGUCUUUCUCCUAGUUAUUUACCACUAAGAUCGAUUUUAAAAGCAGGUCUAAUAAUGGUAUUGUUGUGCUAACAGUUAUUGGGUUCUGUAGGUUGAGUUGUCUUGAGCCUUUUCACGUUACGAUUUGAUUAACACACUAACUUUGUCAGAGGUGCUUUGCUUUGUCACUUAUGAUCUAGUUGAUGUGGUUGAGGAUGAAAAUGUGUGAAUGAGAUUCUCGUCUGGAGGUCAUGAGUUUUUUUUUUUUUGGUGGACUCUCUCAGUUGCUCUUGAGGAAUAGCAGCCUAUGAGAGUUUGGGGUUUUCUUGUUCUCUCUAAAGUCUGUUCUGUUGCCUUUUUUAAAAUUAAUCGCCUUUUCUUGCUCUAACUUAUUGUUUCGUACUUUGGUCAUGUAAAUAAGUGGUAAUUAGUUGGUCCUUUUCGCUUUUCGUUUCCUUUCUGCUCAAGCGGACGUUUUCUUCCAGGUCCCAUAGCUGUGAAUGAGAACUGUGACUCUGGUCACUUCACAAAAAAAAAUGUGAACACUCUGCAACAGAUACAGGCUGAAUCCAUAUCAUAGGAGCAUUCAGACCAGUCAUUUAUCCAUAAUAAGGCCACGUUUGUGAACUGUGCCUGAAUGUUGAUAACAUUUUUGGAAGGGGAAAAAAAAAAGCAAUUCUGUUUUUUCUAAUCCAUUUGUGUACAACAUAACAGAAAAGUAACACUGCUGUUUCAUUACAGAGCAUUUUCAUGCUUUAAUAAAUAUAGAGAGGCUAUUUAUUUAUGAAGGAAAUAGACUUUAGGAGAUAUACUGUAUAAUGUAUUUUAUUCUCCUACGGUCACAUGCGCAUCGUGUUACUGUUAUUUCUACUGUGCUCAUGUUUCUCUGAAUGUACGUCUGUUACACCAGCCUAGACAGCGUAAAAUCAUACCUAGAAGUGCUAAUGAUGGGUGUAGUUUACCAUCUAGUGAAGUGAUGGAGCAGCCUGUCCUCUCUAAUAACACAGUGUCAGUGCUGAUAUCGAUAUUACUGCUUCUUCUGGAAUGUCUUUUAAAACAUGGGAGAUGGGGAAAAGAGUGGUACAGUGCUAAUAAGCUUGACUGUUCUGGGUAUUCAGGGUUUCUAAAGGGGAAUUCCGCCCAAAUGCAGAUUUUUUAAAUGUGUGCAGGUAUUCAUAACUAUUUUUAAUACAAAAACAGUGGUGACUGAAGCCUAUGCAGGAAAACCCAACUAAUACCAAAGCUACAUUUGCAGGGGCCCUGCUGUACAUUACAAAUAUUAAAAUGCACAAAAAUACUUAAUGCAAAAAUGCAUUAAUAAAAAAAGAGAACAACAAAAAUCAGGCCUACAAAUGUACUGAAGCAGUGGAUUGAGGAAAUUUGAGGGUGGAGGGCAUCAUAUGGUGCAAUGUGGUCACUCAGUGUCAUUUAAAUACACCAGAACAGGCAAAAAAUUUAGAAGGACUUCAAAAAUUUUUGAAAAUCAUUUCUAAUAUGUAUCAGGAUGAAGUGCUAUUGGUGGGAAGGGUUACAUCACAGGAGCAAGAAGCCAAUGCAUUUGAAUUAAGGCAAAUAAAUGUAAAUGUCUAAGCAUCAGCAGAGAUAUAAGGAGAAUAUUAAAGCUUCAAGCAGCAAUGCAUGUCUGUAAAUGUUACCAGAACUUUCUUUAUACGAUUUAUGUCCACAAGUAUUCAGACAGCCCUUGUAAUUAGUAACUUAAGCUACUUUAAAGGAGAUUCUAUUGAUUUUUCAAAGUCUCCAGAAUUCAGUCACUGAGAUGUAAAGUCAUUCAGAGUGGUUUAAAGUGAAAUGGUACACAGUAGUGAUUCCAGUGGUGGUGAUAGGAACCAGGGGUCACAAUGUCUACAACACAAAUACAGCCAUUUUAUUUACUAUAAAAAAAUCACCAGUGAACUUACGUGUCUUCUGAUUGUAUAUGUAAUGCAGAUGGUGGAUAAAUAGUGAUAAAUCUGAAAAAAAAAAAAUAAAGGUUUUGUUUGGGCACUGAUUUGCCUUACAAUGGUCUGCAUUUAUCCACUGUGAAUGUAUGUUUUUACUGACAUAAAACAAUGUCUUACAUGCAUUCGUGAUCAUUUCAUGUAAUAACUUACUGUGAGGAAGCUUUUAGGAGCAUUAAACUCCUCAGAUAUCUGGUUCCUAUCACCACCACUGUGAACAGUUCUGUGAAAGCUUUUCUCAAACAGCGUUUUACAUCAGACCAUUCUGAGUGACUUGGUUUGCACUGUUAUUAAUUUAAUUAUGCGUGAAUUUUGAGUUCACCCUUUAAGACGCACCCAUUGCUGACACAAAGCGCACAGCUUGUAUAAUCUCCACAGAAAGACACUGACCACUGGAAUGCGACGCUCUGGAUCAGCCUUAAUGCCAGGCGUCGACUAGAGGGUAAAGCCCCCCAGCACGGGGCUGUGAAGUAGUGGAACUUUGGAGUGAUGGAGCUCCAUUCGAUACCUUUGGGAUUGGUUGGUGAUCCAGAACAUCAGUAACCUGACCUCACUCACGCUUUUGUGGCUGAAUGACCUGAAUGACAAACCUCCUAUUAGUACUACUACAGAACCACUGGAUUAGCAGGUAGCUACAAACUUUUGGAUGUAUAUUGUGCCUUUCCAUGUCAAGCCUCACUCACUCCUGUACAGAAAACUGUUUCAUUCUGAAUUUUGUUUUCCUUGGCUAAAUAUUCACAUGCCAGCUUGUCAGUUCAGAAAGCCAUAUAUUUGGGAUCAUUCGCAAGACUAUUCUUGUACCAUCAAUUAAUGAGGCCGCCUCAUUCCUAUAUAAUCAGUACAGGUCUAAAUAUAGAUCUGUAUGUGAGGUCGUUUCUAAAACCCACCACAUUUUAUUCUGUUGAAAUAAUAAUUUAAAAAAAUCUACUUUUGGGUGAAAUUCCUCUUAUGUAACAAAUGAUAGAAGUUUUUUGUGCUUCUUCUAAACUCAUUCCAUUUGUACGCUUCCUUUGACACACUGUUGAAUGUUGCUUUGGGGUCAUGAUGUCACUGACCAUGUCCUCACUUCAAAGGGCAUUUCACAGCUGCGAUUAUUCCCAGGGUUUUUGUCCUACUGCUAUAGCAGGUGUGAUCUGAUGCUGAGGCCUUGACAAAGCCAAUAGAGUCAUUGUCCUUUUUGCUGUUUGUCUGCCUUAUCUGGAUGUUAUCUGGUUCCCCUGAAAUUAAUAUCACCGUCGUAAAUGAAUCGUGUUCCCAAAAACGAUCCAAUGAGUAAGUUUCUUAACAAUUUACUGCAAGUCUUUGUCAGGCCGUAGGAGGUUUUUGUGGAGGAUGUUUAUUGCCACAGUCAAUGUCAAUAGGAAAAUCAAUGGGUGCCUUGUGGUUGUAAACCAAAAAAAAAGGAAUAAACUAUGUGAAAUUAA